UAGGUUAUGUUGUUAUCUUAGGAAGAUUCAUUUAAAAAUGACCCAAAAUUUAAUAAAGAUUUUAAACGCCGGCAAACUUUCCUAUUUAAAAUCGUUAGAUUUACAAGAAACCAUUUCAAAUAACCAUAAAGCAAGUAUAAAUAACAAAAAUGAAGGUUAUAAUAACAAAGUUUUGGAUACAUUAAUUCUUGUGGAGCACCCUCCUGUAUAUACAAUAGGACUUAGAACGAAAAAUUAUACAAAUGAGGAUGAAACACGGUUAAAACAAACAGGUGCUGAUUUCUUUAAAACCAACAGAGGUGGUUUAAUAACAUUCCAUGGCCCUGGACAACUCGUAGUGUAUCCAAUUUUGAAUUUAAAAAAUUAUAACCCAAGUAUGAAAUGGUACAUUAACAAAAUUGAGGAAGUUGUGAUUCAAACUUGUAAUUUAUUUGAUUUGGAAUCAUCAAGAUCCCCACAUACAGGAGUUUGGAUUGGAAAUAAUAAGAUUUGUGCAAUUGGAGUUCAUGGAAGUCGAUUUAUAACAACACAUGGCCUAGCAAUCAAUUGUAAUGUUAAUUUGGAUUGGUACAAGCAUAUUGUACCAUGUGGAAUUGAAGGAAAAGGGGUUACUUCUUUCUCAAAGGAAUUAAAUCGAGUUGUAUUGAUAAGUGAGGUUAUCCCAAAGUUUUUAGAAUCGUUUUCGAAAUGUUUUAAUUGCAAAUUUGAUGAAUAAAUAAUUCGUUUUAUGGAUUAUUUAAAUGAUUUGUUAUUAAUUUAAUCGAUUUAGUACAAUUUUUGAUGAAUUUUUUAAUUUUUAGGUUAAUGUGUAUAUUUGGUUGCCUAUUCACUCAGUGACAAUAAAAUUCUAAUAAGUGAGGUUA